AUGCUUGAUGUGAUUGCGCUGCUAUUAAUUUCGCUUGCCAUCGGUUUCUGGUAUGUGCGGACCAGGCUUAGCUAUUGGUCACGUCGAUGCAUCAGCCAUGAGCGACCAAGUUUCCCGAUGGGCAACAUGAAAGGAUUCCGCAAGACGCGACAUUUCAAAGAUAUUCUGACGCCGUUGUAUGAACGCUUCAAGAUCACUGGAGCACCGUUCGUGGGCUUCUACAUGAUGAUGCGCCCUGUGGUGUUGGUACUCGAUGUGGAGAUGGCCAAACAAGUGUUGAUCCGAGACUUUGCUAACUUCGAGGACCGUGGCAUGUAUCACAAUGAACGCGAUGAUCCACUCACCGGGCAUCUCUUUCGCAUCGAUGGCCCCAAGUGGCGACCUCUGCGUCAGAAGAUGUCUCCGACUUUCAGCUCGGGCAAGAUGAAGUACAUGUUUCCCACCGUGUGCGCCGUCGGCGAGGAGCUGGCUCAAGUCUGUGCCGAGCAAGCUGAGAAUGCCAUCUGUGGUAUUCUGGAGAUUAGUGAUUUAAUGGGCAGAUACACGACGGAUGUAAUUGGUCGCUGUGUCUUUGGUAUCGACUGCAAUGGACUGCGCAAUCCCAACGCCGAGUUCGCUGUAAUGGGACGACGAGCGUUCACGGAUCGGCGACACAAUAAACUGAUUGAUGGCUUCAUUGAGAGUUUUCCCAACUUGGCGCGACGACUGCGGCUCUGUCAAAUCCACAAGGAUAUCACCAACUUUUACAUGCGCAUUGUGCGGGAUACUGUCAAGGAGCGUGAGGUGAAAACCAUUAUUCGCCCGGAUUUCAUGAAUCUGCUCAUCGAGAUGAAGCACCGGGGUGAGCUCACGCUGGAGGAGAUGACCGCUCAAGCGUUUAUCUUCUUUGCCGCCGGCUUCGAUACUUCGGCAUCCACUCUGGGAUUCGCGCUCUUCGAGCUGGCAAAGCAACCACAAAUCCAACAGAAGCUGCGCCAAGAAAUCGAAGAGACUAUUGAGGCGAAAGGCGGAGAAUUCACUUACGAAGUCGUGCAGGAGCUGCGCUACAUGGAGCUGGUAAUAGCAGAGACCUUACGCAAGUAUCCCGUCUUGCCGCACAUUUCCCGCAUUUCACGCAAUUGCUAUCCGGCGAUGGGAAAUCGACAUUUCUAUAUUGAACCUGGUCAGAUGGUACUUAUCCCCGUGUAUGCCAUACACCACGAUCCAGAUCUGUAUCCAGAACCGGAAAAGUUUAUCCCCGAGCGUUUUACCAUCGAAAAUAUGCGACAACGACCCACUGCCUCGUGGUUGCCCUUUGGAGAUGGUCCCCGCAAUUGUAUUGGAAUGCGAUUUGGCAAGAUGCAGACGAUCAUUGCCUUGGUUCAAUUGCUGCGACGCUUUGAGUUCAGUGUCUGUCCACGCACAGAGUCCAAAAUAGAGUUUGUCAAGCACAACAUAUUGCUCGCGCCGGCCACUGGAAUCUAUCUGAAAGUUGAAGAGAUUAGAAAAUUGUAG